CUCCACCACACUCUACGGUAUAUUUUCGACUUCCUUAUAUUAUCUAUCUCAUCUCCAUGGCUGCUAAGCGUACCACCCGUACUUCUUCUCACAGGCCUGCCUCCAAGGCCACCUCCCCGGCCCUGUUUCGUGAGAACUCCCCUGAUGUCACUGACUUCAACAACGGCAACAAUGGCAAUGAGUCUACUGCUAAUGCCACCACCACUAAGAAGUCUACCUCCCAGGAGAAAUCCACCGUCAAGGAGAAGCCAGGAACCAAGAACGUUCCUGCCAUCGACGAGAAGUCUUCUGUCCUCAAGCCCAAACCCGCCGGCAUCAUCAAGAAGUCCAUCAUCGACAAGUCCACUUCUGCUACCGAGAAGGCCGCCAAAGCCGUCAAGCUCAAGUUCAAGCUCCGCCUCACUCCUCCAUUUGGUUCCUCUUCCGACGACGUCAUCAUCUCCGCUCCCGCCAAAAGUAAGCGCUCCCAAGUCCCCGCUGCCUGUCUCUCCUGCCGUUCCCGCAAGAUCGCAUGCGACGGCACUCGUCCCACCUGCAACCGCUGUGCCGGCCGCGGUCUCACGUGCGAGUACGAUGUCGGUGUCGGCGAGACACGCGAGGGUGCACUGCGUCGUCAGGUUGCUGAAUCUCAAGCCCGUGUUGCUGAAUUGGAGCAUCAGCUCGCAGCUCAGACCCAGUUAGCAAAUGAUGCUCUUGCGCAACUCCAGGAGGGUGAACGCGCGUAUGGGUAUUUGAGGGACCUUGCUAAGACUAAAGGUGGUGUUAAGGCUAUUCAUGCUCUAGUCCGCAUGGAGAAGAGCUUCCCGGUCCUGGCUAAGCAGAUGAUGGCGAUCGCAGAGCGUGCUGGAGAGAGGGAGGGUGUAGACUUAGAGGAUCGCAUUCUGGCCUUGACUGAGGCUGCUAUGAAAAUCGCUGGCAUUUAG